AUGGCGUUUCGUAUGAAUGAUUUUAAUCCUCGACUGAUUCACAACAGCUGUGAUCGACCUGAUCUAGCUCUACUACCAAUUAGUGGAUAUGAAAAGUUAGAACCGGUUCCACUGGAAACUGCUGUGGAACCUAUUCAAUCGCUGUUUCGUGAUUUAUCUCGUGAUGUUUCAAUUGCAAAAGCUGCUACGAAAAGACCCGCUGAUGGUCUUACACCAGAUGAAUCAGCCGCUAUUUAUCUUUAUACAUUAGAUGUUAAACCACGUAGUUUCUAUUUGGUUCUCAACGAAAUCUUAUGUCAUCGUGAUCGUCAAAAAUUGAAACCUUGGCAACCCUAUCUUAGAUUAUUUUUUAAUGGUGUUUUUAAAAUUCCGGCCUAUGCUAUGAAAAUUAUCUGGCAUGGUGUCAAAGCCGAUUUACAAGCAAAAUAUGAAACCGGUAAAAGUUAUACAUGGUGGACAAUUACAUCUUGUGCUCAAUCGGUCGAUAUACUUAAAAAUCCGGCUUAUCUAGGAGAAACUGGCGCGAGAACUCUUUUCUCCAUUGAAUGUCUCAAUGGACGAUCCAUUAAAGCACAUUCAUGUCCUCAACGUGAUGAAGAAAUCUUACUUUUACCAGGAACAUAUUUUGAAGUUAUUAGUAAUGUCAAUACAGGUCAUGGUUUACAGGUUAUUCGUUCACGAGAACGUCCACCACCGUACGUUCUACUAGAGCCACCAUUUUCGACUGGUGGCACUGAGGCAGAAGUAUCUGGUAUUGAUGAAAUUCUCGAAAAAGUCUAUCUGAUGAAUAAGGAUAACUUAGAUAUGUCGAAAUUGUUAGUGGUUCUACCUGAUCCCAUUUGUCAAUGGGAAGCAGAAGAUAUAUGGAAAAAUAGUUUUCUAAUUUAUUUAGUUUGCGAAUGCUCAACCAAUCGUAUCCAUUUUGCUAUGCAUCCCGGUUAUGCAGUGCCUAAUGCUCAAGUAUUUUUUCAAAUCUAUGGACUAUAUUUUAAACAGUACAUGAUUCCGUUGGCUCAAUAUCUUUUGAAACUGAAAUCGGUUAACACAGUACAAGAUACUAAUUUCUGGUCAACUUUUGAAAGUCGCUUGAAUAAGAUGACAUCGGUUCUCAAUCUAAUUGAACAGAAUCUAAUUACUGCAUUAGACACUUCGAACUUGAAAGAUCUUGUCGUGCCCGAAUGGUCGACAAUGGGCAAUUUGUAUCGAGCGAUCACUAGUGACAUGAGUGUUCGAUGGGUAUGUAAACGUCAUUAUCCAUCCGAUCAAGCAAUAUUGAUUCGUCGUCUGCGAGAUUUUGAAGGCAUCUCAUUUGAUGAUCAAGAAAGCGAAAUGACCAUUCAUGGAGCAUUAGAUUCAGUUCAAAUGCGACGUCUAACAGCAACUCUACUGCAAGGCUUGCGUAUUUAUUCACUCAACUAUGCUUAUUAUACGCCAGCGCUCGAUCAAUUGAAUAAGACAUUCUGUCGAGCGUCGAUCAUAACAGUGUGUCAUCGUGGUAUUCUCUCUGAUAAUAACGAUAAGUCAAAUAUGGAGCGAAUCCAAAAAUUGUGCAGCCAAGUGAUUGCUUCGAAUCCGUUUGUACGACAAGCAGAUCUUAGUGAUGCAGGUGGUUUAUCAAGAAAGCUAGCUAGCGUCCGUGAUGCCGUAAAAACCAACCAUAAACUUCGUUCGUUUACUUUCUGUGGUGCUGUGACGAAUCAAGGUAUUACAGAGAUCAUAACAGCAUUUCAAUUGAACAUGGUCUUGACGACGUUACGAUUCAAAGAUCGACCGUUGCCACCGCGAGGUGCCGAAGUCUUGGCCGAAUUGGUACGAUCAAGUGGUAUACUGAUUCAUUUGACUCUGUCAAACACAAUGCUCAAAGAUGAUGGUCUCCGAAUGAUUACCGAUGCAGUUUGUGCUAAUCCCAUUAUGCAAACAUUAGAAUUAUCAUUUAAUCGUAUUCAUGAUAAAAGCGGUCCAUAUAUUGGUUAUAUGUUAAAAGUGUGUACUAGCUUACAAAGUCUCGACAUCAGCUACAACGAAAUGAGUGCUAUUGGUGCAAAGAGAAUAUUCGACAGACUUAAAGUCAAUCGAACACUCUUACAUUUCAAUAUCGGUCUGAAUAAUUUGGCUGUAAGAAGUGUAACACAAACAAUGAGCUUAAAAAAUCCACCUGUUAAUGGUGGUCAAUUGGUCGGCAACAUGUUAGCAGAAAAUAAUACGCUGAUUACGUUGGAUAUUACGCAUAUAAACAUGUCAGAAUUCGGUGUACAAGGACUUGCAGAGAGUCUAUUGAAAAAUCGAACAUUGACGCAUCUAAAUUUGGCAUCAAACAAAAUUUUCGAUAUUCAACGACGAGCGAUUUUGGACGCAAUGCACAUCAACGAUACACUGUUGAGUCUCGACCUCUCACAUAAUGAAAUGAGCGACGCGAGUGUCAUACGUUUGGGUGAAAUGCUUCGAACCAAUCGAAAAUUACGCUUCUUCAGCGCAAAAUCAUGUGUCAUUGAGGAUAGUCGUAUGUAUAGUCUUGCUCGUACGUUAGAUGAUAAACUGUCAUUGACACAUCUCGAUCUUUCAAAGAACAAAAUUGGCGAUGAUGGAGCGGCCAUGAUUGGUGAUAUUCUUGCAAAGAAUAACACAUUAAUCUAUCUGAAUAUUUCGGAGAAUCGUAUUACCGAUCAAGGUGUUCAAGCGAUUGCCAAUUCUUUAGAAACGAAUUUUACUUUAAUUCAUCUAGAAAUGCUAGCACAACAAGCCAAUAUUACGGUCUUUGCUAUGGUUACCUUUCGAUCGAUUCGACCAGACUUGACUCUUAGAUAG